GACAGGAUGCUAAAAGCGACGGAGCCACUCCCAUUUGUCCGUCGCAUCCUGAAGACUUCUACUUCUCUCGUCCUUCAGAAACGAAAAGACUUCGAGACAGAAAAGUAGUUCUUUUCUGGACAAGUUUCUUUUUCUCUCGUUUUUUUUCUUACGCAAUGAUUAGAAUAAGUGCGUGUCCAUAGCUCUUGUGAGAAAACAGAGAUAGAAGGUGAUCAUGCGAGGGCUUGUGUACUUUGUUCGUGAACUUGAUUGACAUAGUCUUGUCUCUGUUAUUUUUUUUUUUUCUCAAGAUUUGGUUUAAAUUUCCAUGACAUUAUGCUUCUCACCGGUAUAUUCUUCAUAAUGUUGAGUCAGACUAGUGACGGAGGGAAAGUGUCUCUGACUGACUCGGAGGUUGAUCGAAUUUUUUUUACCUGGAACCAGAAAGUUAAUGUUCGCGGGAACCUCAGAGCUCGUUCGGCUGCUCAACACACAAAACUCGAGGACGAAGAGAAAGCGCAAAGUUUCCGUCUGUUCGAAGGCAGUGGCUAUGGCAGUAGUGUCAGUGACGAUGACGAAGAAAGUGGCUUUACUAUAGCACGGCGUGAAAGCAGUGGGAAUAUUUUUAACAAAGCUCAUGACCUGGACACAUGCAGGAUUCCGGACAAGGACGACCCGGGGAAAAUGGUGUGCAAUUUUACCAAUAUUCUGCAGAUUCCCAAUCGCCUGCCUCAAAGUCUGUACAGGCGAGUGAGCCUUACUGAACUGCACAUAUACGGAACGAGGAAACUUCACUUCAGAACUCUGUGCUUAGAGGAGCUUCAGUUCAUUAAUUGCCGAGGCGUAGAUGCGAUCGACUACCGUUCUGCUGGGACGUGCGGAAUCCCGUUGGACUCCCUGCAACUUUCGAAUUCUCGAGUCGAUGCCAUCCUGGGGAAUUUCAACAAAGUUAUAGUCAACAACAGUAUAGUUGGCAACCUCGAAUUGUCUCUGGCUUCGAAAUCCAGGUACAUCCUUGUUAAUGCUUCGGACAUAAAUACCUUGCGGGGAAUUACGACUGGCCCGACCAAUUAUUUCUGGAUAUCAAAGGCGCGGGUUAGAACAACUCUCCGAGGUGGGCUGACCCUAAACAGUUCCUACUUCCGCACCCGCCCCAGCCACAUCGAAGUAACCAACUUCGUGUCAAUCAAAUCCGGCGGCAUUCAGGUUCGAUCUGGAAGACUCUUGAUGCUGAAUGCUACCAUAGGUCACCUGGGGGAUGGAGGAGUCGAGAUCCUGGCGCCGGCAGAUGUCAGGAUGGUAGACGUUAAGAUCAAGAACUCCUCCUUCGAGGGGAUCAGCCUCAGGGGCCUGGGCGCGAUGCUGCACAUGCAGAACCUCGAACUCAACGGCGUCGUUCUGUCCGCGCGAUUCGCCAGCAAGUCCUCGGAACCCUUCGUUUUCUAUCCGAUGCGGCUCUUUCUUCACCAGGCGAGUCUCUUAGACGCAGCAGUUACCAAGGUGCUUUGCGCGCUUGCAUUUACUUCCGGCGUCCUUGCAGGAGCGCUGGCGACUUACUGCUGUUGCUUGAGGAAAAAAGAGACCACCAAAAUACAUAUCACCGAACCUCCCCAGAACAGAUCUCAAAGUGUGGAAGAUACAGCUAGAGGAGGAGGGGGAAGAGGAAGGGGCGCAGAGACAAGUGGCACCGCAGCAUUCCGCAGCCCCCAAGUACUCCGGUCUGAGGUCGAGCAGGAACCGAUAUAUGGGAACAUCACACAGCCGCUCAGCCAGGCCAGGAAUAGAGAGUCAUUUGCCAUGAAUAUAAAUAAAGAACCACUCUAUCAAGACACAUAUAACGAAGCCCUCUACCAGGACACAAGCAGAGAACCAUUCUUCCACGGAAAACAACUCAACAAGGACACAGGGAUAGAACCCCUCUACCAGGAUACAAGCAAUGAACCAGUCUACCAGGACACAGGCAAGGAACCACUCUACCAGGAUGUAAGCACAGAAUUAGGCAUCCAGAGCAAAGCUAAAGAACCAUUGUACCAGGACACAGAUAGAACACCUAACUACCAGGACACAGGCAGAACACCAGUCUACAGAGACGCACCUACACCACCAAUCUACCAGGACACAGGCAGAACACCAGUCUACCGAGACGCACCUACACCACCAAUCUACCAGGACACAGUUACAACACCAAUCGGGGUUGUAAAAACAUACCCUCAGACUUUAGGCGAACAGGACGGAUCAGCUAAUGAAGAACCCAUCUAUGGUAACGUUGAACAGGAGCCGAUCUAUGGAAAUAUAGGAACAGAUACCCAUUCAGGACCUUCGGCUUGUGAAGAUGAGUACGACGAGGCGAUAUAUGCGAAUUACACCGUGGACGAAGAAAUUUACGCAAAUAUUUAAGAGACUGGCCUUUUCAUCGGAACUGCGGGAUGUGUAUUAGAUUAUAUGUUAUAAUUAUGUAUAACCGUAAUUCAACUUGUUUUAUAAGUUGUAAAUAUGUAUAAAAAUAAAUCAUAAGAAGAAA